GCGCGUCGCCCCUGGCGAUGGAGGGCUUGAAGGAGCAAAAUAGGGAUUUAAACAAUUCUACUUACUACUAGAGCCCUCCCAUAUGUAUAAGUUGUUGGUAAUUAACCCCAACUCCAGUGAAAAAGUUACAAAUGAUAUGAGAGACCUUCUCCCACAGGUCCCGGGGAUUCAAUACGAUUUUUACACCGCACCAGCAGCCGCCCCAUCGGAAAUCGAUGGUGAACACGCUGGUGAAGUGUCUGAAGCGGUGGUAUACCCGGAUUUGAUUAAGCGUAAAUUACUUGACUAUGACGGGUACUUGGUGUGUUGUUACUCCGACCAUCCGUUGGUUUAUAGUUUGACCCAAAGCACAAACAAGCCAAUUUUAGGAAUUAUGCUUGGAUCAUUGAUCUAUUCGGUGCUGAAUCCCCGAUUCUCCAAACUGAUGAUUCUCACAAGUACCAGUAGCUGGAACAAUACUCUUGACAAGUCCAUCCUAAAGUUUUUCAAAUCACAUUCGUUUCCCCAGUCUAUGGCUAGAACCAAAAGUUUUGAUAUUAAUGUCGUGAAUUUAAAUAACCCCGUAGUGUAUGGGGAAAUUGUGAAAAAGGUCCAGCUUUACUUGGAUGAGGAGCCCCAAGUAAACUGUGUAUUGUUGGGAUGUGCUGGUAUGGUGGGUCUUGAUUCUAAGCUCGCAAAGACGUUUCCGGAUGUGAGGUUUAUCGAUAGCGUAAGAGUCAGUGCCGAAAUAUUGGCGUCGCUUGUUCGAUUUGAAACUUCCUGAGACUAGAACCCGGUAAGAAUGAAAUGCCAGUGAAAAUACCAAUUCAAAGGUUGAGGUUCCAAAGCUUGUGUUUAAUUUGUUCUGUGUUUGAAGGGGUGAGAGGAGCUCUCAAUUAUAAGUAGUUGAAAAAUGCAGCAUAGGAAUUCAACGAAAUAUACAUGUUUAAUGCAUAGCUAUUCUUUGGUGUGAUAAUAUGUAUAUAUAUAUAAACAAAGUUAACC